AUGAAUAUUUCAGGCCUUAAAAAUAGAGAAUAGACUCCAAAUAAACCUAUGUAUCAAUAGAAUUAUACUACCACCAAUGGAGACAUUAAUGGAUAGUUCUUGAUUACAGAGUUAGGCGCUAAUUAAUAGCUAAUACCCAAUUAAUAUGAUGCCAAUCCAUAUUAAGUUGUUGUGCGAGGAAGCAUGAAUGGAGAUAGACCAUAAACUGACGAGAGUGAUAGAGGAAAUGCUGAUAAUCAAAUCUUCCACGUCAAAGACGCUGAGCCACCAUCAGAUUUUGAUGCUCCCUAUAGUAGAUUACCUUCGAAUGUAAAAAACGUGAGUUAAUCACUUACUUUUAGAAAUAAGACUCACAUGGAUGAAUGGAACAAGAUCUUCGAGAUGGAGCAUGCUGAUGCUAUCAUUAGUGAUGCUUUUUGGUAUGUUAUUUGCAAGGUUUUCAAAAAGAAUGCUGCAAAUUAUUAGUAAUACGAGCCAUACUAAGAAUUCCUCCUCGACAGAAUAGCUGCAAAUUACGUUUCAUUUACAAUCGUGGAGAAUGUUAAGUUGGAUCUUCAAAUUAAAGCCAAGUUCUUUGAGAAUUUCUUUGAUAUAAUAGCCCAAUCAGUGUUCUAUUCAUUGUUUUAUGCUUUCCCAAAGAGUAGAUCAUUGCUAAAUAACGAGAUGAAGAGAAAGCUGCUUAACAUUUUUAGUAGACUAUUCACAGGAAUGAAGAUAAAGAGCGCUAAAUAUGAUCAUUGGAGCCUUGAUCUUGGAACUGGAAAUAUACUCUAGGGCGUUGCAGCAAAGAAAAAUACUAAUGGCCAAAGGGAGUUGGUUUCAUUAGCUGAUGUAGAAAGCAAGAAGAAGGGAAAAAUUAUGAAGAAAAGCAACAGAGAGAGAAUCCAUAUGAAGUACAGCCCACUGGUUGAGAGGUAUUUGAUAACACAUAAGUAUGAGACAAUGAAUAAUGUGAGAGAAUGGAAAAUGCUAUUAACUUAAAGAACCGAUGUUCAAAAAGAAAUAGAUUCGAAAUUCGAGAAAUAUAAGAAAAUUGCAGAUCAAGCAGUCAAUGAAAUGAAAAGAUUAAGAGAUGAUUAUGAUAAAACCUGUUCUGUCAUUGCAGAAAAGAUGCGUGAAAAUGAAAAAGCUGCUGCUAAACAUAUAGAGACACUUAAGCAAAGUAAAAAGGAGAAACUCGAAAAUGGAGGAUACAGUGAGUAUGCCAAUAUGCUUGUUAGUAUUUUCAACAGUGAGCAUGUCAAUAAUAUGGCUGAUAAUCAAUGA